AUGGGCCAGCUAAACGUCUUGGACAGCGAUCCAGAGGACGUAGAGAUCGCACUGGAUACGUGCGCAGAAAUCGACACGAUUGGUAUCGACUUUGCAGAACAGCGAGGACUGAAGCCGUAUAUCAAAGGGCCUUUCCUAGCUGUGAAUAAAGCGCCAGAAGACGCACCAUUGCUCUUAGGAGAACAUACACUGGGAGAGAUUGGAGUUAAUAUCUUAUUAUGGACAAAAGAGACUAGGGGCAACCAGUGGCGAUUCCACCUACCCACCAAUGGAGAACCAACCGAGCACUAUGUAAAAGUCGAAUCGACUAAGACAUUCCAGAAGAGACUGAUGAAAGGACUAAAGGUAUACGCACUCAUGGAGUAUAAUCCACUACUUGACAAGACUAGCUAUAUAGAUAGCAAGGAUAGUCUGCCAAGUACCUUGAAGAAAUAUACCGACGUUUUCUCUCCUCAAAAUGCGGAAAAGCUAGCACCAAACUGUGAAGGAGUUGACCUAGCAAUUGAGAUCCAAGAAGGACAAGAACCGUCAUAUAGGCCACUCUACCCAUUGUCACGAGCGGAACUGGAAGUCCUACAGCGCUACCUCCAAGAGAAUCUCGAGAAAGGCUUCAUCAGACCGUCAAAAAGUCCAGCUGCAUCACCGAUCCUAUUCGUACCAAAGAAGGACGGUACACUGAGACUCUGUGUUGAUUACCAAGGCCUUAAUAAAGUCACCAUUAAGAACUGA